AUGGCCACUCAUGGGCUGCUGAGUGCUGAUGCUGCUAAUCGUAUUUGCUGUAGCGUCAUCGAUGAGGUUGUUGUUACCAAUACUGUGCCACAUGAUGCACAGAAGCGUGCUUGCGGCAAGAUUCGCACAGUUGACAUCAGCCUCCUGAUAGCAGAGUCAAUUCGCCGUAUCCAUAACAACGAGUCCAUGUCCUAUCUCUUCAUGAAUGUUCCCAAAGACGACUAG